CUCUUCCCUAUCCGUUCCGAGAGAAGAGGAGAGUAAGAGACAAGCUGAAAGAACCCAAAACCAGAGACACAGAGGCGAGAGAGAGAGAGAUUGAAGCUCGUCUAAACUGUUCGGUUCCUACCGUUACUCACUCUGCAUUGUCUACUUUGAAGCCUCGAAGUAGAUAAGGUUUUGAAGAAGAGUGAAACCAACAGUACUGGGAAUGGAGUGUAUUGGAGCUCGUAAUUUGGCGGCAAUGGCUGUUUCUACGUGCCCUACUUCGAGGUCAAGAAAGAAGAGACUGAGAAAUAAACAAGCUAUUCUGAUAAAUCCAAACAGUUCGUGUGUGUUGGCUUUGAAAAUGAGGUGUAGCGCUGGAAGUGAGAGUUGUGUGGCCGUUAGAGAAGAUUUCGCUGACGACGAAGAUUAUGUAAAGGCUGGUGGAUCCGAGCUUUUGUUUGUUCAAAUGCAGCAGAAUAAGGCCAUGGAUAAACAGUCAAAACUUGCCGAUAAGCUGCCGCAAAUAUUGAUCGGAGAUAGCAUACUGGAUUUGGUGGUAAUUGGUUGUGGCCCAGCUGGCCUUGCUCUUGCUGCAGAAUCAGCGAAGCUAGGCUUAAAUGUUGGACUUAUUGGACCAGAUCUUCCUUUUACAAACAAUUAUGGUGUGUGGGAGGAUGAAUUUAAAGAUCUUGGGCUUGAAAGGUGUAUUGAGCACGUUUGGCCAGACACCAUUGUAUAUCUUGAUGACGGUGAUCCCAUUCUGAUUGGUCGUGCAUAUGGACGAGUUAACCGUCAUUUGCUUCAUGAGGAGUUGUUGAAAAGGUGUGUCGAGUCAGGUGUUUCAUAUCUUAGCUCCAAAGUGGAAAGGAUUACUGAAGCACGAAAUGGUCAGAGUCUCGUAGAAUGUGAAUGCAAUGUUGUCAUUCCCUGCAGGCUUGCUACUGUUGCAUCUGGAGCAGCAUCAGGGAAACUCUUGCAGUAUGAAGUAGGGGGUCCCAGGGUUUCUGUCCAAACAGCUUAUGGAUUGGAGGUCGAGGUGGAAAACAAUCCAUAUGACCCCAGCCUGAUGGUUUUCAUGGAUUACAGAGACUACAUCAAACAAAAAGUUCAAUGUUUAGAAACACAAUAUCCAACAUUUCUUUAUGCAAUGCCCAUGUCCCCCACACAAGUCUUCUUUGAGGAAACUUGUUUGGCUUCAAUGGAUGCCAUGCCUUUUGAUCUAUUGAAGAAGAAACUAAUGUCAAGAUUAGAGACAAUGGGAGUCCGCAUAAUGAAAACCUAUGAAGAGGAAUGGUCUUAUAUUCCAGUUGGUGGAUCCUUACCAAAUACAGAGCAGAAGAACCUUGCAUUUGGUGCUGCUGCUAGCAUGGUGCAUCCUGCCACUGGUUAUUCAGUAGUAAGAUCAUUGUCAGAGGCUCCAAACUAUGCUUCCGUAAUUGCAAAUAUUUUGAAACAAAGUCAGUCCAGGGGCAUGCUUACUAGGAGUACAGGAAAUGUCUCGAUGCAAGCUUGGAACACUCUUUGGCCACAAGAAAGGAAACGCCAGAGGGCAUUCUUUCUCUUUGGACUAGCGCUUAUUUUGCAGCUGGACAUCGAGGGGAUAAGGACAUUUUUUCAUACUUUCUUCCGCUUACCAAAGUGGAUGUGGCAGGGAUUUCUUGGCUCUACUCUCUCCUCAGCAGACCUCAUGUUAUUUGCCUUCUAUAUGUUUGUCAUAGCACCCAAUGACAUGAGAAAGUGCCUUAUUAGCCAUCUUCUUUCUGAUCCAACUGGAGCAACUAUGAUAAGAACAUAUCUCACAAUAUAGUCAAUACCUUUUGUAUCUCUUCUCUGUUGUGUUCUAUUCAAUAUCUUGAUUUUAGAUUACACUAUGAGCCCUACCGCCUUUGAACAUUAUGUAUAUACAACUUUUGUAUUGGUUUAGUAUCUGUUUGUUACAUGUUCACAAUUUUGUUUUCCUGCUGAACUUCAAGGUAUUUUCAUCGUGUACUUUCCGUUUAGAACUUAUAGAAUAAUGAUGAUAAGCAUUUUUUUCUUAUUAUCCAC